CAACUUUGAAUCUCCACUGGUGCAGGAAGUCCCAGAGCACCGAGGCAGCAGCACAGACAGUUCGGCAAGCAGUUUGGGAAGCUCUGUCACAGCGUGCAAGAAGAUUCUCUGCAGUAACAGUCUGCUAGAAUCAACAGACUACUGGCUGCAGAAUCAGAGGACACCAUGCCAAAUUGGCUUUCUGGAAGACAAGUCAGAAAGCAGCUGUGCCUCAGUCUGUUUCGUGAAUUUAGACGCAAAUAGAGACGAUGGCAGCGAUGAGCAAGUGAAACAGAGGUUGGUCAGCAUCUCUCCGAGCCUCCCCAAACUCAUCAGUUCGAUGAACGUGCAGCCACCGAAGGAAAACGAGAUCGUCCUGCUGAGUGGGUUAGCGCCAGGGGACCUUCCAGCUGAUUAUGAGGUUCCCCAGUGUCCCUGGCUGGCCGACGUGUGCCUGGUGCCGCGGGCGCGGCCGGGCAGGAGGAGCAGCGCGAGCUGCAUCAUCGUUGAGAUCAACAAGUUCCUGAUGGGGCUGGAGCUGGUUCAGGAGAGGCAGCUGCAGGCAGGGGCUCAUGUCCUAAAGCCCGAGGAUGACACAAACUGCUCCGUCUCCUCGAUCGAAGAGGAUUUCCUCACAGCGUCCGAGCACCUCGAGGAUGACAACGAGGCCGACGAAUGUAAAAUGGGUCAUGAAAAAUUAAGUGUUUCAGAAGCUUCUUCAGAUGCCAAAAAAAAUAAAGGAAAGGGAUUUGAAAAUCUCCACUACAGAAAAGCCAGGUUGCCAUUCAUUCCUGAAGGGAACUGCAUUAACAAAGAAAAUGCAGCUGCCAGAGCCUCCGAAGCUGCGAAUGCCGUGGCUGAAGAUGGACUCUCAGCACCUGAAGAUAAGUCAGACCAGGAAAUGCUGUGGCAGAAGGAAUUAGCUGAAAGAGCUACUUCACCCUUUAGCACCACGGAUCUGAGGAGCGAUGCCGUAGGUUCCCGCUCAGCGCUCGCGUUAGAUGUUUCUCCAACCAAAACGGCCGAGGAGGAGCUGGGACCUCUGCACGACCCAGCGGCCCACGACAGUGGUGAGACGGACGGGGUGGACUGUGCGAAUGUGGGGAAUGCUGAUCCUGCCUGGCCAAACGAGCAGGCGACUACGGGUGAGUACGCCACAAACUUAGCAGAAUCAGUUCUGCAGGACGCCUUCAUCAGGCUGUCACAGUCUCAGCCCUCUUUCAGUGAGGAGGCCGCGGUCAGCAUCUCCGUGGGGAGCUCCUGCCAGGCAGAGGACGCGUCUGCUGCCCGAUCGUGGAACGAGCUGCCAAAGAUUGUCAUAGUGCAGAGCCCAGACAGCUCCGAGAACGUCCCCGACUGGCCAGGGUCUGCCCUCCCCAGCCUGUGCCACUGGGCUGAAGUGGAGAGCACUGCCCAAGUCUUGGAUUACUUUGAGGAGGAACAUUCAAGUGAACCAGGCCAGAGCGCGCUGGAAGUGGCUCUGGCUUGUGCGGCCACUGUCAUCGGAACCAUUUCCAGCCCCCAGGCUGCAGAAAAAUUCAGGCGGGAUCAGGAAGCCACAGACCCUGGAAGCAGAAUGGUCGGUGACAAGGAGCUACAUGUGACAUCUACGACCCAGGUCGCGAGCCCGUGGGCCGUCUGUGGCCUGGGGGAAGUGAGGGAAGAGAAGUACCCAGCAGCAUCGAGCGGGCUGCUGUCCGCUGCUGAGACCUCCGCGGCCGUUGCCCUCCGUGGCAGCGUGGCCAUGGGAAGCAGCGUGGAGAAGCUGAAUGACAGCAUCGCAGCGGCGCUUCUCAGAGAGGCGUCAACCGUCUUGACAAAACCCGACGCGUACAGGAACGUAGGGCAUUUCAUAGAAUCUAUGAACGGGAAAAUCAUUGAAAUGGCAGCAAGGCCACGGAUUCCACACGCUGACGAAGUAGUCAGGGAUGAACUCGCACAAAACUUAUCCAAUAUUAUCCUGAGACAUUCUAUUGAAGAGGUUAGGAAGAAAAGACAGCCACGCCCCUAUUCCGAAAAUGGCUCAAGUACACAAGACGUUUUCACUGAGACUGCAAACGAGUUGCUUUUUAGUGUAAUAUAUUUCACUUGCAAGAAGAUGAAUGACAUAAGACAAGUGGAGGAGUGUUCUCCUCUCUUUUCCGAGGGCACAGAAGCAGAGAAAGUAACAAGAGGAGAAGGACGGUCAACACAGGCAGCAGCAUGUGAGACUUUGCUCAGCCCCCUUGAUGGCUCUGCCGUGGAGCCGUUUGGUACAUCCUUCAGCACCACCACUAGCAAAGAUCUUGGAAAUGUCGCAGACGCUCAGAAAAGUAAUGGGAAAGGUGCACACAGCAACGAAGGCGCCACUAUGAACUCGGAGCCAGCCAGCAGAGCUUCGGGGCACAAUGCGCUUGUUGCAAAAACAUCUCCCAAGAAAAGAUACCUGAAAAGAACCGCGCGGGACUGUUACAAAGCCCCAGGUCAGGGUAACAGCCAUCAGAAGAGGAAAGACUGCAGAUCGUUUUCAGACAGAGAAAACAGCUUCACACGCAAUGAGUGCAGGCACGGUGUUCAGGAACAGCUGCCUUCCAGCGCCACCACGAGCGCAGAAGACCAGGCCAAGCACCAGUGCGAUGCUGUGCUGAAUAGCGAUGUUCAGGUGAGCUUGUCUGUGUUAGGAAACCACGUCUUGCUUCCUUCCCAGCCCGUGCUAGAGGUGAAACAUCCAAGGGACAAAUAUUGUAUAACAGAUUUUGCAGAAGAACUGGCAGAAACAGUCGUCUCUAUGGCAACAGAAAUAGCUGCCAUUUGUCUUGAAAAUUCCAAUGGAAAGCAACCCUGGUUCUGCGCGUGGAAGAGAGGUAACGAGUAUCUGGUCACCCAGAGUUUAUCGUGCAGAGCCAUGAAAAGGAAAAAGGAAACCCACACUAAUGCUUCAGUGGUUCGGAAGCACCGCGCUCCUAGACUCAGUGAGAUCAAGAGGAAAACCGACGAGCACCCUGAGCUGAAGGAGAGGCUGAUGAACCGGGUGGUAGAUGAGUCCAUAAACCUCGAGGAUGCACCAGAUUCAGUCAAUAUCUUUGCGAACGAAGUGGCUGCCAAGAUCAUGAACCUCACCGAACUCUCCAUGGUUGACAGCAUCUGGCAAGGUCCGAACCACCCCAGGAACAGGCUGCACUGCGAAAGAUGGAGCCGAGCCAAGGGCUCGAGCUGCGAGAGCAUACCGGAGGAGGACUCGGGUUCCAAAGCCUCCUUCCACACCCUCGGCCUAGUGAACGCCCUCGGUCAGCCCGUGAGCCAGGCGAGCUCUGUCUCAAAGCAGUCUAGCUGUGAGAGCAUCACGGAUGAGUUUUCAAGGUUUAUGGUGAACCAGAUGGAGAACGAAGGAAGAGGGUUUGAUUUGUUACUGGAUUACUACGCAGGAAAAAACGCAAACACCAUCUUAACUUCUGCUUUGCAACAGGUGGCCAAGAAAAACGGUCAUCUUAACGUGAGGCCGAGUUGCCCGUCCAAACAGUCCAGCACAGAAAGCAUAACAGAAGAAUUUUAUAGGUAUAUGCUGAGGGAAAUAGAAAAGGAAAAUAAAGAACACUUGUCCUCCCCUCGGAAUUCGAAGGAGUGGUGUGGCAGCUUGCUGCCACCCUCUCUACGAUCACCUUUUUGCUUCAGGCAGUCGUCUGUGCCUGACAGCAGGUGGUCCGGCUCGAGGCUGACGGUGAAUGUCCCAGUUAAGGCGAAUUCAUUGGAUGGGUUUGCCCACCACCACCGAGACUCCUUAAGCGUACAGCCCGUCAGCACCGGGGCUUCCUCGGGCCUGUGCAAGUCUGACUCGUGCCUGUACCAGAGGUGCAAGACUGACCAGGUAACAGACAUGCUGAUCCACGAGACGUGGGCGAGCUCCAUCGAAUCUCUCAUGCGCAAGAACAAAAUCAUCACCAGUGGGGCGGAGGCAGAGCAGUUUCACAGCGACUCCCCGCCGCACGUGGAACAGUAUGCAAACAGGCUGGCUGCAAACAUUGUCGAAAGUGGCAAAAAUUUAAUUGUUGUCCAGCAGGAUUCCUUUGAUUAUGGAAGCCGAGAACACGUGCUGGAAAGCAAACACCCCCAAAGCACGACUCAGCUUCAGUCAAAAGCCAAAAAGGAUGGAGAAAAUUUGGAGGAGAAAAGAGAGAUCCUGCAGAGCCCUGGGUGCCUCCCGCUGGGUCAGCUCAGGGAGGUGCCAGUAAUUCAGAUCGAAACCGAUCAGCGCGACGAGCCGGACAAAGGCUCAGAGUCCUUCCCUUCACCUGGCCCUGCUGGAAAGGAGCAUCAAGGCAAAGAAAAGCCUCCAGCAGCUUUUGAUGGGAAACCCACGGUGGCCAGCCCGCUCCUGAAUAGCAACAGUCCCCAGAGCAGACCGGAACCUGAAGUCAUCGGGGAGACAAAAAUGGGUGAGGAGUUUCCAAACCAUCUCAGCAGCAGUGAAGAAAGCACCGGCAGCUGGUCCCAGCUGGCCAACGACGAGGACAACCCCGACGACACGAGUAGCUACCUGCAACUGAGCGAGCGAUCCCUGAGCAAUGGCAACAGCAGUACAACUAGCAGUCUUGGCAUUAUGGACCUGGAAAUUUAUCAGGAGAACGUGCCAUCUUCUCCUAUGAUUAAUGAAUUAGUAGAAGAAAAGGUUUUCCUUAAAGAACAGACAGAAAAUACGGAGGAAAGUACCUCGGCGCUUUCAGUGGGAACAGCUAAUUGUCAGAAGGACCUACUCGUGAUAAACUUUGAUCUGGAGCCAGAGUGCCCUGACGCAGAGCUGCGAGCCACCCUGCAGUGGAUCGCCGCUUCCGAACUUGGAAUUCCAACCAUCUAUUUUAAGAAAUCUCAGGAAAACAGAAUUGAAAAGUUUUUAGAUGUUGUGCAAUUAGUUCAACGGAAGUCCUGGAAAGUGGGGGACAUCUUCCACGCCGUGGUGCAGUACUGCAAGCUCAUUGAGGAGGACAGAGUGGCGAUGCCGAGCCUGUUCGACUGGCUCCUCGAGCUGGGCUAG